UAAUGGUUUAUGCCUACCUGGCAACGCAGAGUAGGAAGUACUUUACUGUAUGUUGUGGUUUGAAAUAUAAUACAGAUAGAAGCAACUGUACGACUGCGAGCAGAUUAUAUUUUGGCUGUACCAAUAUGCAGAUUGAGUUUGAGAUCCAGCACACUUGGGAUAGCAAUCCUGUCAAUCAUGAGCCCAUCAGGAUGCUCUUCUCCCCUGGUGUUGAUGGGGUGAACAUGAAGGUGUUUGCUCCCUUUUUAAAUGACCCAGAAGCUCCGUCAGGACCAUCCGGCCAGCCCUUCCCUGGGCUCUGGGAUUACGAAGUUGUGGAGUCCUUCUUUCUUGACAGCACAACAGAAAACUACCUCGAGGUGGAGGUUUGUCCACACGGUCAGCACUUAAUAUUACUUUUGUCAGGAUCCGGCCAGGCCUUCCAGCAACAACUUCCCAUGGUUUUCAAUGCUACAAUAACAGCAGAAAGAUGGAUGGGAGAAGCUUUGCUCCCUUGGACGUACUUUCCUCCAAAUGUGAACAAGAUGAAUUCUUACGCCAUUCAUGGCUCAGAGGAGAAGCGCACGUAUGAAGCACUCUACCCCAUCCCAAAAGAGGAGAUAGUUGAGGGCCAACAGCCAAAUUUCCACCUGCUGAAAUAUUUUGGAAAUUUCCGCCUGCAAAGCAUUAUGGGAGAAGGUUGGAUCCAGCCUGAGUCUGAUCUUUGGAAGUGGAAACGCUGAGGUAUAAAAAAAUAUAUAUGUUUUUUGCUUGUUUCUACUGAUAUGUACAGUAGUAGACACUAUUGUACAUGUGAACGUAUUGAUGACAUUGCACAUUUUUUCUAAUAUGACAGUGAUAUUUUUAAAGGCCAAUUAUUAGAGCAGCUGUUGCCAAUGUAAACGACUGUUGUUUGUAUUUUCAUGAUGUUUAUUGCUAACGUUUUAAACAUGAGAGAAUAUAUGAACGAAUGAUUGAUUACUGUUUAGCGUUGUCAAGACUUUUUUUCUCCUUCUGAGAUGCCAAAAUGGAAAGCUGUGGGGGGAAAAAAAUCAAGAAUUACCCAAUCAACAAAUAUGUAAUUCUUAUUUCUAAAGUCAAGCAUAGUUGGGUUGGAUUGUACAAACUACAGGUUAUCCAACUUUUUUACCAUCUUUACUAAAAUAUACACUUCUGAAAUAAACAAAACACACAACUAAAACAUUUGAUUGUCAAUCAAUUGUAUCAACUGCUGAACAAGUAUUGCACCUUGAGUGGCUAUAAUCAUUUUUGCAAGGACACUGCAGCAUGAAGCAUAUUGAUGUCAUCUAAAGUAUGUUGCAUGACUAUUACACUAUGUCAACAUGACUACAGUUUAUCAUCAUUUGUUAGAAAAGGGGUAAGAUUCAAUAAGCUAUGCUUCUUCUUACUCCUUUCCACACAUGUUGGAAUGUGAAACUGUAAACAUGUUCAAAACAUCAGUAAGUUGUUAUAUAUUAUUCUUAUAUUUUCCUUUAUUAAUCAUUGUUGUUGUUUGCUUUUCUCAGAUGUCUGAAAUAAAUAUUUACAAUAGAAAA